CGGCGUCUGGAUUGGAUCGAUUUUCUUUUGCGUGGCGCGUAUCUUUGUCGCGUGGUUUUCGGUUCGCGCCUCAUCUCUUGUCUUGCAAUUUGAAUACCGAGUGGUAAAUGGGAAUGGGGCAUAAUUUGCAAAUUAUGCUCCCAACGCCACCGUGCUAGCGCGUGUAGUGGUCCUGCAUUUCCGCUGCCUCAACUGAAGGAUUGUGCGCUUGUGGUGAGUGCGGCAAAUGUAGUUCGGGGCGAGAUGAAGAGAAAGUAGUCCUUGUUAUUGUCGAUUGUGUCGAGUGCGAGUAUACGGCGAGGAUUGGGGGUUUGUGCCGGGUCGAACCGUAAUCCGAUGAAAUACGGAAUAAAGUGCGAAGGAGCUUAACGGAAUUGGCAAUUCGAGAGAUGUACGACGAGGAAGUCGGAUUCCUUCGAAGAAUCACACUCAAUUGGUGCGAAACUGGUGAAUGAAAGGGGGAAGAGCUCUGUUCGCGGAAAUUCGAAAAUUCAAGAGUUGGAUAGAGUGGCAUUGGUGUUUGCGGGGCGAGAAACGGCAAAAGGCAAGAAAUUGAUGGCGGGACGGUAUUGAAAGUGCAUGGAAGAAUAGCAGGAUUGUGUCCCUUGCUGCUAGUGGGAAGAUCUGCAAAAAGAAAAAUGUGUGCUGCAGCAGUAGGAUGCGUCUGGUGUGUUGUUUAUGGCUUGCGAUUAUUGCCCUCCUUGAAAUAAAGUAAUAUGCGAGCAUGAAAGAGGAGCGCUUGUUCCGAGGGCUGUUUUGUGGAGAAUAUAAUGAAGCUAGUGAAAACAAGUGAAAGAGAGUUAAUAAAGAGGGUGUAAAGAAUGAAUAAAAUGGCAAACGUGUGUUCAGUGUUGAGUUCCAUUGUUCUGGUGUUGGGUUAUGCAAAUGUUGGAUUAAGCAUACAGCAGUCGCCGCAGGAUGCAUAUGGCACACACGAGAUGUCCGGCCUUAGUGCGGACGAGUUUCAACAUCACAAUCGCUGCGAACCGAUCACAAUUCCCUUCUGCACGGACAUCCAGUACAACAAAACCAUCAUGCCGAAUCUGCUGGGACAUGUUAAGCAGGAUGAGGCGGCACUUGAAGUGCACCAGUUCAUUCCGCUGGUCAAAAUUGACUGCAGUCCGGAUCUGAAGUUUUUCCUUUGCUCGCUGUAUGCUCCGGUUUGCACGAUACUCAACUACCCGAUCCCGCCGUGCCGGAGUCUGUGCGAAAGUGCACGCGUCUGUGAGAGCAUCAUGCGGACUUUCGAUUUCCAGUGGCCGGAGAAUCUCGAGUGCACCAAGUUCCCGGUCGACGGGAAGGAACUGUGCGUUUCGCAGAACAAUUCAUCCGAGAGUACGCCCAUUCCGCCGAGUGCGGUGCACACCACCAAGCCGCAGGUCCCGCGGCGAAACACAGCGCCCAACGUGCCCCAUCGGGAUCUGGGCUUUAUCUGUCCGGUUCAGCUGAAAGCACCGACGAUAAUGGGCUAUCAACUGACGGUCGGUGGAAAGGUCACCAAAGACUGCGGCGCGCCGUGCAACUCGAUGUUCUUCUCCGAGAGCGAACGAACCGUGCUCAAGUACUGGGUCGGCUCGUGGGCUGCCGUCUGCGUGGCAAGCUGCCUGUUUACGGUGCUCACGUUUCUGAUCGAUUCUUCGCGCUUUCGAUAUCCGGAGCGGCCGAUCGUGUUCCUGGCGAUCUGUUAUCUGAUCGUUGGCUGUGCGUACGUGGCCGGGCUGGGGGCAGGCGACUCGGUAGCGUGCCGGGAGCCGUUCCAGCCGCACAUCAAACUCGGCCGGAUGCAGAUGCUGGCGACCAUCACGCAGGGUCACCGCCAAUCGACGUCCUGCACGGUGCUCUUCAUGGCCCUGUACUUCUGCUGUAUGGCCGCGUUCGCCUGGUGGGCCUGUCUGGCACUGGCCUGGUUCCUCGCCGCCGGCCUCAAGUGGGGCCACGAAGCAAUCGAGAACCGGUCCCAUCUGUUCCAUUUGGUGGCGUGGGCCAUCCCGGCCGUGCAGACCAUUUUCGUGCUCGCACUCGGCAAGGUGGAAGGUGACGUCCUAUCUGGGGUGUGCUUCGUCGGUCAGCUCGACACUCACUCGUUGGCCAUGUUCCUGCUGAUUCCGCUGUGCAUCUACCUUUCACUGGGAGCGAUAUUCCUGCUGGCCGGGUUCGUGUCCCUGUUCCGGAUUCGGACGGUGAUGAAGCACGACGGGACCCGGACGGACAAGCUGGAACGGUUGAUGCUGAGGAUUGGAUUUUUCAGCGGACUGUUUAUCCUGCCCGCGCUUGGGUACUUGGGCUGUUUGUUCUACGAGUACUACAACUUCGACGAUUGGAUGAUCCAGUGGAACCGGGCGAUGUGUAAGAUUUUUUCGAUCCCAUGUCCGGCUACGAAGUACAACAGCAACAUGGUACCGGAGGAGGAGAAACCGAUUUUCCACAUCUACAUGGCGAAGUACGUGUGCUCGAUGCUGGUGGGGGUGACUUCGAGCGUUUGGCUGUGGUCCGGUAAGACGGUGGUCAGCUGGCGGCAGUUUGCCGAACGGCUGCAAGGUAAGGACGCUCGGAGUCGGGGAGCCUAUGUUUAGUAGCGGGGGAGGGGAGUUUUUGAAGCUGAAGACGGUCGUCCGGGAGGAAGAACUGCUUUCGAAAUGCCUCCAGCGUGAACCGUAACAAGAUUUCUAUCCACAUAGUAUACCGUCACACUAGUUUUCCGCGAACUGUUUGAGAGUUUAUUAGUACAGAGUUCAAGGAUGGCUGCCCAAACCAAAUAGAGAAACAGUUGUAAGCUUGAGCUUUCGAACGACAAGUAAGGCUUCAUGAGAACAAGUAGACGGAAAUUCGAGAAGAGUUACGACUAGAGCAUGCUUAUGAAUGUAGUUAUCAAAAAGUAUCAAAAAAUCUAUCUUUGAUGAUAAA